AUAAUUGGCCGACCCAAUCCGGAAGCCCAACUGAGCCAUUGGCAAUAGCCCACUCUCGCUGUCGCAAUCGCCUUCGUGGAUGGCGAAACUCUGACUAUCGUGCUUAUUUACCUCUCAUACCCGCAACUGAAUGAUGAGGCUUUCUUCCCACCCCCUCAUGUCGUUGGCCGACCAAAAGGACGUGUUCUUACAUGAUCUCCAGUCCUCCCCUCCCCUCGCAGGUCUUAAGGCCGAACUGUCACACUGGGAGCAUCUCAUCUUCUCUUUUGACAACGAUACUUCCUCGGGCGAGGCGAUGAACCCAUACAACAAUAACAGCGGGAACAACAACCGUGGCGGCCGGCGCUCACGGCCCUCCGGCUCUGGUCAGUCUUCCAACACGGGACCUACGCCAGAGGAGGCCCUACUCUUAGCCCAGCUCUCUUCCAAUCGCGCUUCCCCGCCACCAUUCAGUGACGCUUCAUAUGCAGCGCUCAUGCAGUCCCUCAGCCAACAUAAUCCCAAUCCCUACGGCUCGUCGAACAUGAUGUCCCAUAAUUUCGACUCGCAGCUACCGGGCGUCGACCAGCUCAUGAGCACGAUCGCCGGGCCCUCCUGGAGUGCCCUGCCACCACCUAUCGGCCAUCAUCAGCAGCAAUCCCAACAUCACCAUCAUAAUCAGCCUCCUGGCCCGCCGUUAUACGGCGCCCACGGUCCACAAUUUUCUUCCCCAUCGACGUCCUUCACGCCUACCAUGUCCCCUCCAUCCGGCAGUGCGGCCGCGCCCUCCGCCGGUUCCUCCUCGUCCGCCGGCUCGCCUGAGGCGCUCGACGAUGCGGCGGAAGAGAAGCGACGGCGCAAUACGGCAGCAUCGGCGCGCUUUCGUAUCAAAAAGAAGCAAAAGACGCUAAAUCUAGAGCGCUCGGUCGCUGACCUGACAGGACGUGCGGAGGAGCUUGAGAAGGAGGCGGCGGACCUCCGUAGAGAGAACGGCUGGCUCCGCGAGAUUGUGACGAUGAAGAGCACGCGGAUGCAGCAGUUGAGGGAGGCGCACGCGGGCCCAUCCACCGAGGCGAGGCGCAGCGCGGACGCGGGGCCGCCACCGUCGGGAAACGUCGUGCACAUCGAGCCAUAUGACUCCGCCGGCGAGGAGAGCAGCUCGGGCGAGGAGGGGCGGCGGCGGAAAGGCAAGGGCAAGGCGACGAAGCCUCCAACGAAGAAAUCCAGCAAAUAGGCGCCGCGCUUCCCGCACGACCACCGCGCGCCUAGUUCCCGGACACCAUGGUUGAUAUGUACGCAGGCAUCGUGAACAUUGUAUUUUCCCCAUACGCAUCGUACUCACAGACUCGGUACACGAUUCUCCUCGCUUUGAAUGGCAUCUGGCUCCGUCCGUACUCACCACCGUGUAUCCAUACCCCUCCGCAGUAACUUAGAAGCCCUGUUGUCUUUUUAUUCAACUGUAGCACUUGAUCGCUAUUGUGCCUCAUACCGUCA